CGAACCUAUGGGCGGCUUAGGCUUAUCUAGCUCGUAAGAUUUUUUUUAAAAUUAUUUCGCAGUGCUAUGCGAUAUCAAAAUUUCCACGUAAGCGGCCUCUGAGAAUUGGACGUUGAUUGGCAUUUACUUUAUCGAAGCAAUCCAGGCGCAUCUAUGGCGGCGUUUUUCCCCAGUGACCAUAUGCCCACCGCCGACGUUCUUACCAGCAUCAUGGGAGUCACUGUUACCGUAAUGAAUCUUUACAAGCUCGCCGUGUCCAUCACUGGAUUUGAAGAAGUUGAAGAUUGGCCUCUGUGGCACCACAUAUCUGGGCUUACGGAAGCUGUCAAUUACAUCGCCCUGGCCAUUUGCAUGGUGAUGAUGAUCACCGAAGUCAACGAACACUCGAAGAUCAUCCUGGCCAACCUCGAGCAAGCGGUCUAGAGGCGAGGGUCCUAACCCGGACCGGAGCCUCAGGUUAGACCGUCAUGGCGUUAUUGGGACCCGUAUCGUUGCAGUUCAUCCUCAUCAGUGUGAGUGGCAUUGUGGACACUGCUCGCCUCUUCGCGGCCGAGUACGGCACUGCCGUCAGGUUGCCGUGCGACGAAAACGUCGAGGCUCCCGACGAGGUCAGCGCGCUGUCGGCGUUCGACGCCGUCUGGACAGAUCCCAGGGGCGUCACGCUUGUCGGCGGCGGCGGUGACGACGACCAAGGCUCCAGCGCCGCCGAGCUCCGUGGCGAUCCGUGGGUGGACGCCUUCAGCGGAGACCUGUCGCUGGCCGCCGUGGACUUUGAUGACGCCGGCGAUUACUCGUGCAGCGGGCGCUACGCCGACGGCGAGGCGCUCACGGAGCCGCGGGAGUCCAAACACAUCUUACAGGUGUACGAAACGCCCGUGGCUGGACAGUGCGAGUGCGGAUGCGAGCUCAUCGGGAACGUGUGCCUGGCGUGCAGCCCGGGUCAGUAUGGGAAAAGCGGCGUCUGCCACCUCUGCUCCGUGGGCAGUUUCAACGAGCGCCACGGCGCCGUCUGCUGCCAGCGCUGUCCCUUCCUCUACGUCACCUGGGGCCGUGGCGCCACGUCGAGGCAAGGGUGUUCCGGUGUCCUUCGAGACUUCCUGAUCGGCUUGGCGGUCCUGGCUUGCCUCUCCAUAAAUCUGUACGCGCUUUUCAAGUUUUCCGGACCCAUUGUCCUCGACUCUCUGUGCGAGUACGUCUUCAAAGAAGCUAACGCUUCGAAGCUGUGGCCGGACGCUGAUGACUCCGACGAUGCGUCGGACGACGGCAUGCCAGAAGACGUCUUCGAUGGCAUCUCGAGGUUCAUUACCCGCCUCAAGAAACGCAAGUUGCCGAAAGCCUUGGGUGAAGAUGUUCCUCUUCUGCCCGCUUCAGAGCCAGCCGGCGAUCCAGAGCACUCGGACGAUGACGACCAGCUCGUCGUCUGCUACAAUCACGACGCGUCGCCCGACGCAGCAGACGAUGUUCCGCGGAUCGUGCCAGUGCGUCCCCUUCGGCAUCCGAAAUUUCCUAGCGUGAUUGGAUCCGGAGCGGCAUCCGGUGAGGACGUUUUCACCGGCCCCGAACACUCCAUCAGUGAACAAGACAGUACUUCGCCAGAAAGGGCGGCCUCCGGGAGCCUCUCAGAUGUCGCGCUCGUCGGAAGUCCCGAGCAAGAUUGGAUCUCGUCUGGCAGACGACGAUGGAUCGGCCGCUAUGACGUCACCGUUGCGGGGACGCCGAAUUGUGAGGGACGUCUCCACAUGGCCACAGCGUUAGCGGACGGUCUUUCUGAGCGAAGCGGCGGGAACUCGUCGCUACCGGAACAGCGUGCGACGUACGACGUCUUCGUCGGGCGUUGGUCGAGCACCGAGACGGCGGACGCCGCCAGCAACGUGUCGUUCUUGUCAAACGACUCUCGAAGCUGCCCUACGGGCGCGAAUGCUUACGGUACCUCCCAACGCGAGUGUAGCAGCAGUGAACAGCUCGAAGACCCUCAAUUUCACUGGGGACCGCCGCGCCCGCCACUGACUGCAACAACUUUAGCGGAAGCGAAUUCUUCGUCGGAUGGUGCCAAUAGCUUAGCGGCACCAUGGAAAUUUCGUUCCGGGCAUUGUGAAACGAAAAGCGCACAAAAGACAGCGAGCUACGUCGACGUUAAACCCACGUCAGAGAAAAUUCAUUACCCGAGCGCGCGUGGAGACAAGAAAUUGGCUUCUGAGGAAACACGUCACGAGGAAACAGAUAAACGUGGAAGAGCGGUUACAUCGAAGUUAACUCUCAGCCCCGAUAGUUCAGGGCGCGACCGUGCGGCCGUUGUGUGGAUUGAUGACGUGUCUUCAGAAAACGGCGAAUCCGAGGGGACGAGCGCACGGACACGUGACAGGGCUGUUUCGUCGACGGCGAACCGCACGCGUGCGGUCCAAGGAUUACGUCACAGCGACGGAGAACAGACGUGCAUCACGGAAACCGGCGAGAGCGGCUACUUGUUGUCCUCAGUGGCCGGCUCGUCUUCCGAGACGACUGGGAUUACGAUUCGUGGCGAGGUUGAAUUCAAGGAACCAGGCAGCAGAAAGGCCACUAGAGCGACAAAAGAAGCGAACGCACUUUCGAGGCAGAAGUUGUUCCGGAACGAUCCAGACGCUUGACUAACUUCGCCAAAGCUUUUGAAGGGCUCGUUUUACACUGUGCCGCAUUCUCAAGCGUCUUUCUCCGUUUUUUGUCAAAGAGCUGUCGUCGUACGUGCCGAACCUAGCGCGAUACUUGAAUACUAUAGUUGAAUAAACGAUGACUAAAAUGCGGGAGCAUA